ACGUAGCCCGGUAGCCAUAUUAUCGAGCCAAAUCAUCGCUCAAAACGAGCUAGCUCAUGAGUUGAGCUCAACAAGUCACUAAUUUGAGUUGGCUCACGAGCUUUGCGAGCCGAAAAAGACUUAACUCAAGCUCGCUUUAGUAGUAAACGAGCUGAAUGUCCAACGAAGUUUUUCCUAACCAAACACCGUGCCACUCAUAAUAAGUUUGUAUCAUGCCCGUGGAAUGCGUGUUCAACCGAUUUGGGUCAUGAAACUUACAUGAAUACCAACUGUAAGAUGGUUUUUCAUAUAUUUCAUGUUUUAUUAAUUCAACAUGAAGAAACAAAAGCUGGUUGUACGUACCGCCGAUUGAACCAUAACACUUGCUAAACCGAAGCAAUGAUAUAAAAUGGUUUGACAACCUUGCUCAUUUGAUAGCUGCAAUCAGCAUUUUCGAUUGGGACUUGCUAAACACCGUCCUAAUUUAAACGUUUAAAUUAUCUAUUUAUCAUUCUCUCAUCUUUAUUUCUAGAUAGUUAUUUCAAUAAACAGAACCAUAAAAAAAAACUUGACCCACAGGCCAUAGCUCCAUCAUCAUUGCCGUCAUUGUCCGCACCCUGCCGUCGGCCACUCAUUACCACUGCCCGCCGAUAAACGUCACCGACUCCCACCGUCAACCGCCUUCAUCAAUGUCAUCCUUAUGCUCAUCAGUUUAGCUGUUCUGUUUGCCGUUUGGAUAAUAAAACGAUGAGCCUUGAUGGGCCUUCAAUACAAACUUAGUUGGCCCACUAAAAGCAGCAGGCCCUUGUCACCUCGGUGGUCCAAGGUUUGGAAACUUAAUUGACUAACCUCUUUUUGCCAUUAAACUUAGGGCUGCAAAUGAGCCAAGCUACUCGCGAGCAACUCGAGGCUCGGAUCGGGAAAAACUCGUUCGAAACUCGACUCGUUUACUAACGAGCCAAGCUUGAGCUUAGCUUUGUUCAGCUCGUGAAGCUCGCGAGCUAGCUCGACUCGGUGGCUUGUUGAGCUCAACUCGUGAGUUGGCUCAUUUAGAGCUCAUGAGAUGUCUCAACAUUGUGGUUUGAGGGUCAACUUGAUCACUGACUUAUGGACGAAUCGAUCUAAUUUGGACUUUCAUAAUUCAUAAGAUUGUUAAAUUAUACAUCUCACCUCAUGUGAAGUUUAACAUGAAAGAAAAUAUGUCUUAUUUUUAAUUCUAUAAUGAAAUAUGUACAAAAUUGUUUCGAUACUAUGAAAUAACAUGAUUUGGACUAGUUAAAAUUUAUUAACUAAACAAUAUAACACCUUCAAAUUAUUAUAUAAGAUUAAUUAAUGUUGAACAUUUGAUUAUUAUUAUUUUUAUCAUUAUAUCAAUCACAUGUACCAUACAGUACACGACUUACAAAAUGAAUGUAUCAAAUACGAACUGAGAAUUAAGUAAACAAGCCUAACUCGAACUCGACUCGACUCGGCUCGUUAAUAAAUGGCUCGAGCUCGAGCUCAGCUCAUUUGUUAAUGAGUCAAGCUCAAGCUGGGGUAAAACUCGGCUCAGCUCGACUCAUUUGCAGCCCUAAUUAAACUUUGUUGAGUUUGUUCUUUCCGGUUCUCGUUUCAUCCGGUUUAUGCCCCCGCUAAACCCUAGUGGCCUAGCCCCGCCGCUGAAGAAGAACAGAGAAAAACCCCUUCAAAUACGCCACUUGAAAACCUACAACCACACUCAUAUAAAUCCGCCUCUAUAUUUUCCUCUUUCCAUCAAAGCUAUGAAAUUCCCCUGCUCGCCUUCCCUCCCCAACUUCUGUUCCCUUGUUGUUUUCUCUUGCGAUGGUGGACUUCUUUUCCAGACCCACCAUUGAAGAGGACCCCAACAAUCCAGCUUCCCCUCCUCCCCAUACCAGCGAAAAGGAGUCCCUCGGCGACCCCAAGCUCGUUGAUUUGUCUUUGGCCGAUUCAUUCCUCGAUUUCGACUCCAUCAAGGAGCUGUUUGAGGAUAACUUGCUGCUGGAUGCCACUAGCUUAGACAAGGUGGAUAUUCGGGAGUUUGAGCAUAUGUUGGGGAUGGAUUGUGAAGUUCCUACUGUUGGUGAGCGAAUGGUGGAUGGGUCUCAUUCAGUUUCUGUUGAUACUCACCUGAUUGAAGCAGGCUCGGAUUACAGGGGGCAGGUAAAGAAGGAACCUUUGGAGUUGCAGAGUGGGGAUAGUCUUCGCCGCUCUAUAGAGGCGGAAAUAGGAAGAGUAAGUUUGGUUGGCAAUGGCGAUGACGAUGGGGUUGUUGAUGUGAAGUGUGAAGCAGAGAUAAGGGAGGCACAUGCGGAGAAGGAAUUUCUUAGCUCUGUAGCGGUGAAGAUCGAGCCAACCGGUGAUGGCGUGGAGGCUCCUAAUGUUGGCAGCUUGAUCAGCUGCCCGAGCUCUGCCGUUGAUACUGGGGGUGGUGUGGUCAGUUUUACGAAUGGCGUUGAAGGUGAUUCGGAUUCUGACGGCGAAAGUAGCUCGUCAGAUUCUAGCUCAUCAUCAUCAUCAUCCGACUCUAGCAGCAGUGAUGACGAGGAAGUGGAGGAGAAAAAGGAUAGUUCGAUUCUGAGAAGGGACCUUAAGUUGGAGGUGGUAAAGCAAGUGACUGAAGUUGAGAUUGCAGAGGGUGAGAUGGAAGAGGGUGAAAUAAGAGAUGGUUAUGGAGAUAAUGUGGUAGGUGGAGGUGAAGAUAAAGAUGAUGAAGAUGACGAGAUCGAGACUGAGGUUGAGGUUGAAAAAAUGGUGGAAUGGAGUGAUGUUGAUGAUGAAGAUGAUGCCGAUGUUGGUGUUGAGAAGGGCCCUAUUAGAUCAAAGAACGAACUGCAGGUCCUACCACAUGUUCCUCCUGUCAAUGCUGUGCUGCUACCCCAUCAUCAGCCACAACCUGUUGGACUUAUCUCAUCUGUUCUUGGUACACAAGUCAUUGUAGAAGGGGCUGAGAAGCACAACCCUCUGAAUGAGGGUUCUAUCCUUUGGUUAACUGAGAAACGAUCUCCACUCGGGCUGAUAGAUGAAAUAUUUGGACCUGUGAAGAACCCAUUUUAUAUAGUGAGAUUCAAUUCUGACAGUGAGGUUCCCGAGGGCAUUUGCGAAGGUGCUCUAGUCUCCUUUGUUCCUGAGUUUGCUGACUUUGUCCUGAGUGACCAAAGCCUGUACAAGAAAGGAUAUGAUGCAUCUGGUGAGAAUGAUGAGGAACUGUCCGAUCCGGCCGAGUUUUCAGAUGAUGAGAAAGAGGCAGAGUACAGGAGGAUGCAAAAAAUGGCGAAGAGGGGUAUGAAUAAUGGCCAGGAAGUUGUCAACAAUAAGAAAAGGAAUAAAAAGAAGGUUGAAGAUAGGCAAGAAAGGGAUUGGAACAACAAUACCACCAAUAACAGCAACAGUAAUAGUAACAACAACAAACCUCCAUGGCGGCAACCUCGAAUGGACACUAAUCAGAAUCCACACAAUGGAAAUAAGUAUAAUCUGCCUCCAGCUCCAGCUCCAGCUCCACCGAGUAAUAAUGGAAAUGCUUUUGUUCCACCCUUCCCGCCAAUGUUGCAGCAGCAGAACCCUGGCCAUUUCCCUGGGAGUUGGCCGAAUGGGGUAUUUCCUCAACAUCAACAGAAUCCAGCAGCGCCAAAUUUUGGUGGUUUCCCUCCUCUUCCUGGUAACAUUCAGAAUGCACUGCAGAUGGUGAUGCAGCACAUUAUGCCAUUUCCGCAGCAGUUCAACCCUGGCCAGGGGUCCCUUCCUGCAAAUGUAAUGCCAUCAGGGCAGCCACCCAAUUUCUUCGCUGGCCCUGGUUUCAUGCAUUGGCCAGCAGCAGCAGCACCUGGAGCAGGAGUUAUGAACCAAGGUUGCUUCAACCAAUCUCCAUUUGGGAUAGGCUUUCCACCUCAACCAACCAACCCAGCCAUGAACAUGGGAGACCAAGGAAUGAGGGAUGUUAAUGGCAGCGUGCAAUCAUCGUCAAACAAUUAUGGUAACACCAGUCAGUCUCCUCCUCCCCAGAGACCUGGAAAUAGUCUCAGCAGCCAGCCACCUCAGAAUUUCAACGUUGGUGGAAUGGGCUUUCUGCCUCAACCAACCAACCCAACCAUGAACAUGCGAGACCAAGCAACGAUGGCUGUUAAUAGCAGCGUGCAAUCAUCAACCAACAUCACUGGCAGCACUGGUCAGUCUCCUCAGCAAUCGGGAAAUAGUUUCGGGAGCCAGCCCCGUCAGAAUUUCAAUGUGGGUUCUGGUCGCGGAAGGAAACCUUUUCAUCGCAGAGGUGGUCGGUUUGGAGGCAGGGGAGGUAGAUAGUCUCACCUGACUGACUAUGUUCAUUGUUGUAAGAUCAUGGCUAGUAUUUGUUAUUUUACUUUUAUUGAGAACCUAGUGCUUUUUAUUUUUGAAGUUAUCAAUGACUCGAUUUUUGGCUGUAAACAAACUCUGGCUUGAAGUGUUCCAUUUUGUAUAUGGUUUCCUCUCUCUUCAGCUCCUGUUUAUUGAUGAGAAGCGCAUUCAUUCAAUCAUGUUGCUACACUGUCUGUCAGUUGGAGCAGCUCUGUGGCCGAGUUUUGUGAUUUGUUUUACAGGGACGAAUUGCCUCAUGUCGAAUUCGUAAAUAAUUAUUUAUUAAGGGAUAAUUUGGUCAUUUUAUACCUAUUUAAUGGCGAACUAAUGAAAUUUCGGAUGAAAUGGAAGGCUGCGUUAGUUACAUUUUGAUAAUCGAGAGUUAUGGUCGUGCGAAAUAAAUAAUAAUAGUAGAGAGGUAUGUUUGUUAACUUGCCAUAGUAGAUGGAUACGAAAUGCUAUUAACUCUUAAGUUUAUUAAGCGUAUUUUUUUCGAGGUUAUUUUUUGUAGAAUCAAAAGGGAUACCAUCACAGAUUUCUUACGAUUUUUUUGACAGGUCAGUUUCCUUAAUUUUAAAAGCUACACAUUACGGAUUCGACCUGAGUCUACUCGUCCCUAUAAAACAAAACACAAAACUCGGCCAAAGAGCUGCUCCAACUGACAUACAAUGUAGCAACAUGAUUGAAUCCUAUUGAUCGUGUUCUCCACCGACGAUUAAGUCCUUUACGCAUCGAAUUGGACCAAUUUAUUUUGUGAUGACAUUUCCGUAAUUUUUUGGGCGAUUUUUUUCGAAAGACCAUUUUCCUUGGAUUUUGAAGGCUACAGAUCACUGAUUCGGCUUGAGGCUAUUCUUCAACGAUGAUUAAGUCCAUUAAACACCGAUUUAGGAGGAUUUCUUCUGGGUCUAUUUUUGGCAGAUUCCAAAGGGGUACCAUCACAGGUUUCAGACGAUUUUUCCAAAAUACCAUUUUCUUUCGAUUUUGGAGGCAACAAAUCACGGAUUCGGCCCGAGGCUAUUCUCCACCGAUAGUGAAGUCUAUUGAUCAUAUUCUCCACCUAGGAUUAAGUCCAUGAAGCACGGAAUUGGGCCAAUUUAUUUGGGAUGGCAUUUUCCUAAAUUUUUGGAUGAUUUUAAUUCGAAAGGCUAUUUUCCUUGGAUUUUGUAGGCUACAGAUCACAGAUUCGGCUUGAGGCUAUUCUUCAACGAUGGUUAAGUCCAUUAAGCAUCAAUUUGGGCAUAGUUCUUCCGGGUUUAUUUUUGGCAGAUUGAAAAGGGGUACCAUCACCAAUUUCAGGCGAUUUUUCAGAAACACCAAUUUCUUUCGAUUUUGGAGGCUAUAGAUUAAGGAUUCAGCCCGACGCUAUUCUCCACCGAUAAUGAAGUCUAUUGAUCCUAUUCUUCACCGAUGAUUAAGUCCAUUAAGCACCGAAUUGGGUCAAUUUAUUUUGGUAUGGCAGUUUCGUAAUAUUUUGUGCGAUUUUUUUCAAAAGACCAUUUUCCUUAAAUUUUGAUGGCUACAUAUCACGGAUUCGGCCUGAGGCUAUUCUUCAACGAUGGUUAAGUCCAUUAAGCCCCGAUUUGGGCAUAUUUCUUUCGGGUCCAUUUUUGGCAGAUUCGAAAGGGGUACCAUCACCGAUUCUGGGCGAUUUUUUCAAAAUGCCAUUUUCUAUCGAUUUUGGGCUGCAGAGCACGGAUUCAGCCCGAUGCUAUUCUCCACCGAGAAUUAAGUCACUUAAGCAUC